AUGGGAAGUGGAUGGAAAAGCGGAUGUGGGCGCUGGUGGAGGAAGGGCAAGGCUGUUGCUGUCACACCAACUGCUGCAAGGCAGGAGGCAAAGCUGAAUCCCCGCACAGGGAUGGGUGGAGCAGCGUUUGAAGGUGGACGAACGGGGCUGGAAGCACUGGGGAGUGCGGGCGGUGAUGGCAGGGGCAGCAGCACGCAGAGGGGGAAGAGUGUGGAGAGUGCGCCUGCCAGGGCCAGCCCUGCCAGGGAGCAGCGUUUGAAGGUGGGACGAACGGGGCUGGAAGCACUGGGGAGUGCGGCGGUGAUGGCAGGGGCAGCAGCACGCAGAGGGGGAAGAGUGUGGAGAGUGCGCCUGCCAGGGCCAGCCCUGGCAGGGAGCCGCAUUUGGUGGUGGCACGAAUGGGGCUGGGAGCAGUGGGGGAGUGCAGGCGGUGAUGGCAGUGGCAGCAGCACGCAGAGAGGGAAGAGCGUAGAGAGUGGGCCUGCCAGGGCCUGCCCUGUUAGCGCUGAUGGCAGUGGCAGAAGCACACAGAGAGGGAAGGGUGUGCAGGGUGUGCGAAUCAUUCCUACCAGUCCUGGCAAAGGGGGCGUUGCGGUGGAGGAACGGGGCUGGAAACACUGCGUGGUGCAGGCGCAGAUUGCAGCGCAGCAGCACGCAAAAAGCGAAGAGCAUAGAGAGUGCUCCCACCAGGGCCAUCCCUGCUGUGGAGCAGCGUUUGGAGGAUGGCCUGGGAGGACGGACGGGCCUGGGGGCACAGAGUGGCCAGCCAGGGCCUGCCCUGCCAGCGCUGAUGGCAGUGGCAGAAGCACGCAGAGAGGGAAGGGUGUAGAGAGUGUGCGGUUAGGGCCAGCUCUCCCACCAGGGCCAUCCCUGCUCUGGAGCAGCGUUUGGAGGCUGGACGAACGGGGCUGGGGGCACUGGGGAUUGCAGGUGCGGUGGCGGUUCAAAAGACAUCUGGGAUUGCUACCGGUGCAAGUGUCACUGCUCUGUGUGUGCUUGGGGAGUGGGAAGAGUGGAAGGAGGAGGGCCAAAACGCAUGGUGCGAGGAAGUGGGGUGGGAGCGUUAAAGAAGAACCACUGGAGUUGGGUGAUGGGGGAGUGGGAGUGUUAGGAGGAGCAGAGGCGAAUCGGAUGAGGGAUACGGAUAGAGCGGAGCAAAGGGAGAAGGAAAAUGAGGAGGGAGGGGGGAGUGGUGCGAGGAAGUGGGGAUGGUGA